GUCUUAAGAGCGUCUCGAGUGCGGUUUUUCCUUCUUUGAUCUCCACAGGGGCAGCAGAAAGAACAGCAAUAAGAAUAUGGGCAAAGAGGAGUUCGAGGUUCUCAAGUUCAAGACACAUAUCCUGAAGGUGAACAUACACUGUGAUGGGUGUAAACUGAGAGUCAAGAAGAUCCUCCACAGAAUCGAAGGAGUAUUCUCAGUAGACGUCGAUGUGGAGAACAAGAAGGUCACCGUCCAAGGAAACGUGGACUCCGAAACCCUGAUAAAUAAGCUGACGAAAUCAGGGAAGCAUGCACAGCUCUGGCCUCAGAAGAAACAGAAGCAAGCUGCUCCCCCAGCGAAGAAUGGCAACAAGAACAACAAAGACCAGGGCAAAGAAGGCCUCAAAGCCUCCAACAACCGGCAGAAGCAGCUUCCUUCCUACAGCUCGGAUGACGAAGACUACGACGAUAGCAGCGACGACGACGACGAGUUCGCCGAUGAUGUGAGGUUUCUUGAUGACGUCAAGCAAUUUAAUCGGCUGAUGCCGCCAAACAAUGCAACUGCUAGUGCAAAGAAAAAUGGCAAUGUUAAUGCUGGUGGAAGUGCCACCCGCGGAGGUGGAAAUAAGGGUGGAGGAAAUCCUUAUCUGAACCACAUGCAGCACCCAAAUAAAUCAACUCAAAAUGGCACAAAUGCUGCAGCUCAACAGAAGCUGGUGAACACUACUCGUAAUGCAGGGGAAGGAAGAAGGAUGGCGGACAUCAACGGCAUGAUAGGUCUCGGCUUCAAUGGACUGGGUGGAUACAACGGGGAAGGUUUCCGAGGAAGUGGUUUCCAUGGCUACACGGGGCCGCCCUCACAUGGCGGAGAGCAGCAUCAGCACCCCAUGCUGGUGAACAUGCAGGGAUAUCAGGCCCGGCCAUCGUCCAUGAUGAGCAGCAACCUUGGUGGGAACAACAUGAUGAUGAUGCAUGACAACAGAUACAUGCAGCCACAGAUGAUGUAUCUCCGGUCACCUCAGAUAUCCCCUUACACUGCCUACUACAACUGCUACCCCAGUCACCAUGAUCAGAGCAACCAAUCCUGCAACGUUACCCAUCUUUUCAGUGAUGAAAACACCAAAGGCUGUGUUGUUAUGUAAAAGGCAAUGAAUCCAGUAGAUGGAGAGAAGCAAGCUCGUCUCCUUGCCCUUAGAGCUUGAAACUUAUGGCAGAGAGCUCGUCUCCUUGCCCUUUCUCUUGUUCUUGUUGUUUUGGUUUCUCGGCAAGUUAAUAAGCCCUCGAGCUUGAAACUUAUGGCACCGUGUAUGUUUAUGACCAGCAGUUGCUGAAGUGCUUA